CGCAGCUCGAGACUAAACACGGCGCCGCUGCUGCGAUGUCUUCAUACCUCUGUGAAAUAUUGUAAUUUACCAUUUUGUAUGAGAGAACGCAAGAAGCAAUAAAGCCAGCGAUAAUAUUUAGAAUCAACGGAAGUCUGGAUUUUUAUCUCGCCGGAACGUCGCGUUGGUCAGAUUCAUCUUUGAGUCGUCGUCAAUCUGAGAACCCACAGGGUGGGAAUGGGAAAUGAUGGAGGAUAAAGGGCCUCGUGUUGCUGACUACUUUGUGGUUGCCGGCCUCACUGACUCCUGCAAACCUCUUGAGGAGGAGCUCCACCUUGACGAUGCCGGUCCCAAGUCUGUGAAGCCCAAUGCCCCCAUCACUGAUGUAGCUGUGGUGAUCCGCUCCCUGGGUGAGGAGGUACCACCAGGUUUCGUCCGUAUUGAAAACACCCCCUCCGGCCUCUCUGCAGAGCUCAAUGGAGCCAGCCUCCGGGGCCCACAGAUAUUCUUGUGCUUCAAGCGAGGUAGAGAUAAGCCUCCACUGACAGAUCUUGGGGUCCUGUACGAGUGGAAAGAGAAACUGAAGCCUGGAUGUCACAUCGUCCAGACCACGCCCUCAGGUCGCCCUGCCAACAUUAGCAGCUCGUCCUCCCAGCGCAUCUACAUCACUUACCGCCGUGCGCCAAAGAACCAGCCUCAUACUUCUCUCGCCGUCACCGAUGUCUGCAUCAUCAUCCCCGGCAAAGGGGAGAUACCCCCUCACACCUUCUGCAAGGUGGACAAAAACCUCAACAGCAGCAUGUGGGGAUCCUCUGUCUAUCUUUGUUAUAAGAAAUCACUGGCUAAAGCAAACACUAUUGCAUACAAAGCAGGUCUGCUGUGUCGUUACCCUGAAGAAGACUAUGAGUCCUUCCCACUGCCUGAGUCAGUGCCAAUGUUCUGUCUGCCCAUGGGGGCUACAAUUGAAUGCUGGCCAGCACACACCAAACACUCCCUGCCUGUUUUUUCCACAUUUGUGCUAACAGGCGGCUCCGGAGAAAAGGUGUACGGAGCAGCCAUCCAGUUCUACGAGCCUCACUCAGAAGAGAACCUGUCCGAGCGUCAGCGCUCACAGCUCGGCCUGCCAAGCACUGACCUCAGACCUGACAGGACCAGAAGUGUUUACAGCAACAAGAGCAUUUGUCUGCUCUCCCACUGGCCCUUCUUCCAGUCGUUCAAGAGCUUUCUUACGUUCCUCUACCGAUACUCCAUAUCUGGACCACAUGCUCUACCUAUUGAAAAACACAUCUCUCACUUCAUGCAAAAUGUGCCAUUCCCUUCCAUUCAGAGACCGCGCAUCCUAGUGCAGCUGUCUCCACAUGAUAGCCUGAUGCUGAGUCAACCUGUAUCUUCCCCACUGCCCCUGAGUGGUGGAAGCCUCUCCACAUUACUUCUGAAUCUGGGCCCAAAGAAUGCAGCCACUCUGCUGGUGCUGGCUGUCACUGAGCACAAGAUCCUGGUUCAUUCCCUGCGUCCAGCUGUACUCACCAGUGUUACAGAGGCGCUUGUGUCUAUGAUCUUUCCUUUCCACUGGCCAUGCCCCUACAUUCCUCUGUGCCCACUCGCCUUGGCUGAUGUGCUCAGUGCACCGUGUCCUUUCAUCGUGGGUCUGGACUCCAGAUACUUUGACCUUUACCUGCCCCCGGCUGACAUUAGCUGCGUGGAUCUGGACACAAACACAAUCUCCCAAAAAGAAGACAAGAAGGCGUUGACAUGGAAAAUCCUGCCCAGACGAGCUUGCAAAUGUCUUCUGAAUACACUGAAUAAGCUCUACCAGCAGCUCGCUGAAGGUGGUCAGGUGAACCGUGAAGAUGUGCAGAUGGAGCAAAUGGUGACUGACAGUGAGCUCAACGGGGGGAAAAGCCUCCACACGCUGGAGCUGGAAAUCCAGGAGGCAUUCCUGAGGUUCAUGGCAGCCAUCCUUCGAGGCUACCGCUCGUACCUGCUGCCCAUCACCCAAGCGCCGUCUGAGAAGACCACAGAUGCCAGCUCCCUCUUUGACCUCCAAGGCUUCCUGAAGAGCAGAGACCGCUCCCAACAGAGGUUUUACUCCCUCAUGACCAAGACACAAAUGUUCAGCCGAUUCAUAGAGGAGUGCUCCUUUGUCAGUGAUAAAGAUGCCAGCCUGGCUUUCUUUGACGAGUGUGUUGAUAAGCUAUUCACCACUGGAGGAAAGACGGACAGCGAGCGACAGGAGGAUACCAGGCUGAUCGAACUGGAUGAAUCGCACCGCAGUGAGCACACGGUCUAUAUCAACCCCCCAGAGCUGCCUCCACUUCCACAGGGAGAAGAGCAUCCUCUGUGCUAUAGCUACUCUAGCUUCCCUGUACUUAAUGCUGAGCUGCUGGAGCCACUGGAGGGACAAAAUCCUUCAUCAGCCAGCAUGACUUCACGCCACAGCAGCCCAGCCAGCCCCACAGCCAUCUUCAGACGCUCUAAGCAGGAGAUCAAGUUGGCUCAAAGGAUGGCCAAAACCUACUCAUCUAUGCCUCAGAUGUGGUCCAAAUGUCUUCUACGCCAUUGCUAUGGCCUGUGGUUCAUCUGCCUGCCAGGAUUUGUCGGGAACUCUCCCUCUAAGGUGCGAGCUCUGCGUACAGCUUACGACGUGUUGAGGAAGAUGCAGGACAAGAAGCUGCAGGCUCCUGAUGAGGUGUGUUACCGAGUGUUGUUGCAGUUGUGUGGCCAGUACAGCCAGCCUGUCCUUGCUGUGAGGGUGUUGUUUGAGAUGAAAAAGGCUGGAGUUCAACCUAAUGCCAUCACGUAUGGCUACUACAACAAGGCUGUGUUGGAGAGCACUUGGCCGUCCACCACCAGAGGAGGCUACUUUCUGUGGAGAAAGCUGAGGAACGUGGUCCUCGGUGUUCUCCAGUUCAAGCAAGCAGCGAGAAAACAACAGACUCCUCACAGAGAUCCUCAGCUUUCAGACGGCAGCGAUCUUGACACUGUCAGUCACGAGAGUUUGGACAGUGCUAAUGACUCUGCUGAGCGAACAUCCAUCGACACCGACUUCACUAAAAUGGACUCCAGUGACGAUGGAUUUAGCACAGGUGGACAGUCAGACCAGGGCUACGAUUCACUGUCCAAAGAGGAGGAGAGGCUGUGUGUCAGACACAGCGACAGCAGCACACCACUGGUAGAAGACAAAGGAGCCAGGCAGUCCAGUGAGUUACCUGAGAUCGAGGUCCCAACCAGCAGCACGCCUCCUUCUAUGAAAAGUUAUAAAUCAACAGAAGGCAGCACAGGCAACGGCAGCAGGCUGGUGCACAGUACAUCAGGUGACACCGUUGUGUGUGGAGCCCUCCCAAAGGCAGAGAGACCAAAAUCACUUGACUUGUCUGGUGCACUGGAAACACUGCGGUUCGCUGUGCCUCACGUAAGCUCAGUGAAGCAGCUUCACCUCGGUGCUGACAGACUGCAUGGUGUUGAGGAAGAGGAGACAGAGACUGAUAAACAGAAACCUCUGGCGGAGAGGAGUGUGAGCUGCAGCGGUGCUGUGGCGAGGCCAGGUGUCUCCAUGGAGAGGAGUGUCAGCUUUAAUGCUGGGAGUGUAAGAAGGACAGGUAUCGAGACAGGGUCUGACCCCCUGUCACUGAUAGCAGCCGAUACGGUGCAAGAGUUUGACCAGGACAACAACUGCAACAGCCCUCUAAGCAGCCGCACACCCAGUAUGGACUUGCAGAAUCACUCAAGCCCCUUGUUUCGAUCCUCCUCGUCUCCUCACUCGUCACCGAGAGCUUCCUCUCUACUGCGCGCCAACUCACACCUUCCACUGCCCGUCAAAUCCAAGGAGAAGCUGCAGCCAUCGCCGUCUCUUCCUCUGGGCGUCGGUUACAAAGACAGAGAGAGGCCUUCCUCGUUAGCGUUGCCCGCCUCGCCCACGACGUCCACCUCAUCGUUUUCCAUGGACUCUCUCUUCACGCCGACUCUGGACAUCUUCAAGAGCAGUGUUAUAUCAGCAGGGAAGGGUGUGGCCGAGAAGGCCAGCCGCCUUUACUCUCGCCUGUCCUCACAGACAUCAUUAACUCAGGAUGCAAACUGUGAUGGUGUAAGUGUGUCUUCACUGACUUCAGCAGAGGCAGACUGCUCCUGGCUGCUUGAUAAUGAUCUGGACCCAGACGGCUUCACCUCCCCCCAGCAUGGCAGCAUGACCCGACUCAGGAGAACUCCUGUUGUGGGCCAAGCAUGCGCGGGCAGUCCCAGCACCCCCGACAGAGUGUUCAGACACAACUCCUUCUCUGGUGGUUUGGCACUUCCCUCUAAAUCUCUUCACACUCCAGAUUCUUCCCUCGAAACCAGCCGCUUCCAACCCACUCCCAGCUACGCCAUAGAGGUGCAGAUUUCCAGUUGUUCGCUCUGUAAGACGUGUGACUGUCUGGUGUAUGAUGAGGAGAUCAUGGCCGGCUGGACGGCCGACGACUCAAACCUCAACAGCACUUGUCCCUUCUGCGGCACAGCCUUCCUGCCUUUCCUCAACGUGGAAAUCAAAGACCUGAGACCACAGAGCAGGUCCUCUAAGGAAAGUAAUCCUGUUACAGAGGAGGACACGUCUGUCUCACUCAACCCCAAGGCCGAAAUGUCUGCAACAGAUUGUGCAGCUCGGUCAUCUGCAGUUCCCCUGCAGGAGAACAGUGGGGGAGUUGGCACAGCAGGACCAGCCUCAGUGCCCGCCUCCACCUCUACUCCGGUGACGGUGCCGUACCUGAGCCCACUGGUCCUGUGGAAGGAGCUCGAGAGCCUGCUGGUGAACGAGGGCGACCAGGCCAUCUCCACGCCGAGCGUGGUCGACCAGCACCCCAUCGUUUUCUGGAACCUUGUGUGGUACUUCCGCAGGCUGGAGCUGCCGAGUAAUCUACCGGCUCUUAUCCUGUCCUCCCAGCACUGUUGCCGUGGAGACCAGACUCCUCAGAGCGUUUCAUCCGAGGACAGCAAGCAGGUGCUUGUGAGGAUUAUGUGGGACAACCUGAAGUUGCACCAAGAUAAAGUUCAGCCGUGCUAUGUCCUGUGGAACACACACUGCGCCAACUCCCUAAUUCGCUCCGGGCUGUGUGAAGAAGGCCAGCUCUUCACUGUGGAGCUCCUGCAAGGUUUUGUGAGGAGUAUUAAGAAGAGUGAUGUCUAUCAGCCCAUGAGCCAAAUUAUUCAGCUGCUGGGGCCAGAGCUGGGCUUCAAGAGACAGAGGAGCCUUUAUAGAGAUUUGUUGUUCCUUGCACUGGUGGCACUGGGGAAAAACAACAUUAAUAUAAAUGCCUUUGACCGGGAGUACAAACUGGCUUAUGAUCGCCUCACACCAAACUUGGUCAAGCUGACACACAACUGUGACCGGCCUCCUGGACCGGGGGUCAUGGAGUGCAGGAAGACUUUUAAAGAGCCCAGUCUGUGAACCACUACUCUUUCCCUUUGUACAAGUAUGUUUUGGUCAGUGCUGCUGUUUUUUCUUUUGUGUAGUUUGUUUGAUUUUAUUUGAACUGCUCUUUAGACUCAGGACCAACUCACCUGACUGAGGCACUGAGCUCUUCAAAGCACAACAGGAAAUGUACGAUUAAUGGAAAGCAACUGCCACAGUAUCCUUGUAGCCCGUUAUAGCUGGGACGCAUGGAAGUACAGGACUUGCAUUUGUACAUAUUUUAUAAAAUUCCACUGUAUUUUCAGCACAACUAUAGUCAAAUAUUUGUAUAGUAAUUAUACAGUCCUCUAUUUUACGACUGCUUCUGUUCAAGCUGUGAGUAAAUAUGUAAAAGUGAGUGUAUGAUCACGUUGUCUAUUCCUUGUUGGUCCUGGUGACCUUGUUAAGACUGUUGUUGAGUACAGUUCGUACCCGCUUUUAGACAUUCAUGUUUUUACAAAGCACUUUGACAAGACACGUUCAUUAUGGCCCGGCAGCCGACUGUCAGUGACAAAUUCGUCCUCAUUUGUACUCUGUAAACCCGUUUCCAUAUGCCUGAACACACUAAAGUAGACGUUAACAUCAAAAAUAUUGUCU